AUGAGUGGUCGUCAUGUGUCCUCAGGAACCGGGAGUGAGGACCGUGUUACACUCGGCAACACCAGAUUACUGCAGAGACCAGCUUUGAGCUUGCACAAGGACUUGUGCUUUGGAGCGGAGACGCCAGCUGGAGUCUGCAAUGAUUUAAAUCUUCUUCUGCUCCAGGAUCUCCCCAAAGUUUCAGAGUUGAGGAAACGCUUUGAAGGUGUGACCGGGAGCAGCAGUGACUGGGAAAUGAAAAGGAAGGAGCGUAUGGCUCGGCGACUGGAGGGCGUGGAGGACCAGGUGGCCAACAGAGUCCUGGAAGAGGACACACCGCGGUACACCAGAGCGUCAGACCCUUGUGAUCCUCGUGUUGGCCCGCUGCAAAGGUGCCACACUGCGGGAUUUGAACGCCCAGAAAUGCCGGAGCGACAGUCCGGAGUACAAUGCAGGUCUGAUGCCAAGGUCGCUGGUCCCUUGGAUCACGUCCUCACUUCCUCUCCCGCCAAAGCUCCCGAGUUAGAGUCCAAAGCUGAACGCAUCGCUCGCUACAAGGCGGAGCGCCGUCGGCAACUGGCUGAGCGCUACGGCAUCUCCUUGGACCUGGAGCCGGACGUGGACUACCCGGCCCGCUGCAGUACCACUCGCCACGAGUCCGAGGGGUCAGAGAGGCGCAGGAAAGAGGAGUUUGACCGGGAAGAAGGAGGUGGAGUGGUGAGCAGAGCCCACCACAGCCCCUCUGACCCCACCUACCAUACCCCCCGGACCAGAGUGGACUCGUCCUCAGAGAGGGAGCGAGUCUUGAACCUGGAGAACCGACGCAGAGGAGCAGUCCCUCAGCCGCCCUACAUGGACGUGUCCUCGCGGCCUGCCAAGGAGCACGCCGCCGCAGCCGUGCCGCCCGGCUCGCCCGAGUCGAGUGGACCCCGGUCUCUGAGCUCGCCCGGCGUCGUCUGCCAGGAGCAUCACGGACUCAGCAGACAAGGUACAAGGACACAGCUGUGCUCUGAUUGGUUCCUUCAGACCGAUGCAGAGGGCGACACCCACUCCCUAAUCAACUGGCCAUCCAGAGUCCGAGUUAGGGAGAAGCUUGCGAAGGAAGAACGUCGCUACAGGAGCGCGGACGUGGUGGAAGGUCCUGUGUCCCGCAGACUGGUUCCUCCACCAGGAGGUCCAGAUCUUGCUUACCUGUCCAUGGCCUCCAGUGACCUGGACGAAGACCUGGGUGGUGUCCGGACACAAGGUCUACUGAGGAGCAGGAGGGCGGUGCUGCCCUCGGAGGUCCGUCGCAGGGAGAAGAGCACCGAGGACCCCUGUGGAGGACGGGGGGAUGACGAGACCGGGACCUCCGGGCUCCUCCGGCUGGGUGGGGAAGACCCCGGAAGAAGAACCAGAAGGGAAACGCCCAAGCUCUCCAAGCCCACAGAAGACGUGAGGAGCAGAGAGACCGAGGACCGCGUCCAUCAAACCUCUGCCGGUCACGUCCAGCCUGGAACGGUGCCGUCAGCGGGGGGCGCCACGGACCACGCGGCCAACACCAGCGCCGCAGGGGAGGAAGGCGGCUGUGCGCCCUUUGGGGAGCCCCGGCGGCUGCAGCAAAAUAAGGAAGAGAUGCCCCAGGACCGAAUGGUGUCUGUGGCCCAGCUCAGACAUUCCUACUUGAAGAAAACCUGCACACCUCCCAGCACACGCAGAGCUGAGCUGUCGUGUGUGAGCUCCACCUUUGCUUCCAAUGAAGCUGAAGAGGAGAAAGUGGACGAUCGAGCUAAACUGAGUGUGGCUGCUAAGCGCUCGCUCUUUAGGGAGCUGGAGAAAAACCUCCUUGGAGUCAGUAAGCCGCACUCUAGGAACACUGCGGUCGAACGCCGGCUCAGACGGACUCAAGACCGAUCCAGAACUCAACCAGUCACCACGGAGGAGGUGGUCAUCGCUGCCACCCUGCAGGCGACGUCGCAUCACAACAACGUCACGCGGGAACCCACACCAGACCUCCAGGAGGCGGAGACCAGGGUGGGGGGUGGAGUCCAAGAGGAGGCCGACCUCUGCACUCUCAGCCUGGCGGAGAAGAUGGCGCUGUUCAACCGACUAGCUCAGCCCGCCAGCAGAGUGACUCGCAGCAGGCCCGACACUCGCCAGCGCAGGAACAACACUCGCUACCAGACUCAACCCAUCACUCUCAAACACCUGGAGCAGCACCUGUCUUCUUCCUCCUCUUCCACACGGCGAGGAGGCGGAGUCACGCUAUGCAGCGGGCAGGCAGGUGACAUCCACCUGACCAGACCACCAGGUGAGGUCCACCAGGUGGACAGAGCCAGUGGGAGGUGGUCUCAGGAAGAGGAAGCAGGGAAGAGGAGGUCAUCUUCUCCUGAUGGGCGAGUGGCAACCAGGAUGGAGGAAGAGGAAGAGCAGUGGCUGUGGUCAACCCCCCAGAACUCUGACCAGCAGGAAGUGCAGAGAAGACAAACUUUCUGUGCAGAGAUGCCACAGACCGCUUCUGCCAGGCCCAAAGGUGUGUACCAUCCCCCGCUGGCAGACACACACUUCGCCCACACCCAACUCCCUGCCAGCCUGCUGCGGUCCGAGGGCAACAUGCGUGAGGUGAUGGCGGCCGCACAUGAGACAGGGAACAUGCGUGAGGUGAUGGCGGCCGCACAUGAGACAGGCGACAUGCGUGAGGCGAUGGCGGCCGCACAUGAGACAGGCAACAUGCGUGAGGUGAUGGCGGCCGCACAUGAGACGGGCGACAUGCGUGAGGCGAUGGCGGCCGCACAUGAGACGGGCGACAUGCGUGAGGCGAUGGCGGCCGCACAUGAGACGGGCGACAUGCGUGAGGCGAUGGCGGCCGCACACCUGUCUGUCAAGGAGAGGGUGGCUCUGCUGAAGAGGAGCGGCGAGGACGAGUGGAGGAACAGACUCAGCAGGAAGCAGGGAGCGCUGGAUGUGGCUGUAGGCAACCAACACGCUCACCUGUGGGAGCUGGAGCAGAGCAUGAAGGAGAAGAAGAUGAGAGAGGUUGCCAUGGAGACCCACAGGUCCAUCCAGGAGAGGAAGGAGCAGAUGGAAGCUCAAGAAGAAGCUUGGAGGUCCAAAGGUCAAAGAGCUGCUGACCUCUCUGACCACUUCAGCGUGUCUGCUCGAUUGCAGAAGGAAGGGAAGAUGUCUCCCUGUGUCCCGCACACUAAAGUCAAGAAGAGCAGCAGCAACAUCAUCUCCAAACCUCAGGAAGGUGUGACUACUUACUACUACUCUAACACCUCUAUUCCCACACUAGUCCCUUAACACUUUACGAGUUCUCUUUAAUCACU